AUGGCCUCGUCCAAGACCACAAGCGAGGCCGAGGUCAAGGCGCUCGCGCAGUAUUCCGCUUGCGACAUAUCUGACGCCCUGGUUAAACUCAAGGUUCAAGGAGGCGGAUUUCUCGCCGACCUGCAUUGCUACAGCCAACCGGGUGCCAGUCACACUUCCAUCACGAUAGCACCGGCGUCUACCGUGCUAUUCAUCCCCAAGGGCGCGACAUUGGACGCACCACGUUCUAACAUCCCCCAAGACGCUCAUUGGGCAGAUCUUACACCGCCGCAUACUAUCGUUGUCAUCAGGCAGCCCGAUGGCCAAAGAAAUGCCGUCUGUGGAGGGAUCAUGGCUGUUCGGAUGAAGGUUCGCCAAGCCAAGGCGGUCGUCGUCGCAGGACGGGCCAGGGACCUGGAGGAGCUGAGAAGCACAGGUCUACCAGUUUGGGCCCGUGGUCUGUCCACUGUAGGGGCAGGGGCGGCAAGCACGCCUUGGGCUGUUCAGGUUCCUCUCGACAUCGAUGGAACCAUCGUUCACCCGGGGGAUCUUGUAUUUAGCGACCCUGUCAACGGCGUCGUCGUCAUUCCCCAAGACAAGGUCAGCCAGGUCCUUGAGCUUCUGCCACGCCUGACUGCUGCCGAUGACAAGGUUAAAGAGGAUGUCUUGAAGGGCGUCAGCGUUUAUGAUGCCUUCAAAACCCACAGGAGCAAUCUUUGA